AUGGCCGAGGAAUCUGCCAUCGGCAAAAAACAAGCGAAAGCGCCCUCCACCACGUACAGCUCUUCGGACGGGCCCGAGAAGUACACCAGCCCGAGAGUGCACGAGAAGCUCACCAAGUACGCCGACGCAGCUCGAGCGGCCCAUGGCGACGACUACGACGUCACCACAGAGCCCAUAGACCCUAAGCUCGUGAUGAGGUUGGGAGGAGGGAAGCAACACGGGCGGUUCUAUAUGGCCCACAGCGCCAUUGAUCUGUCCUCUGUCCCGACGCUGACCCAGAUCCGCAAGGAAGACCAGCGUAGGGGCGGCGCACCGCGGGUCCCCAUAGCGCCUCGGGAGCAUAGCAGUGCGCAGCAGAUCGCGGGUCUUCCGGCCCAGGUCCAGGAGGUGGUAGCCAACCAGAAGAUGAUGGCGCUUGCCUAUCAGCAGCACGCGGCCUCAGUUGCGCAGCAUUACGAGCAGGCGUGGUCGCAGAUGUCCCAGCACAUGCGUGCCAUGGGAAUGAGUGAGCCUCCAGCCGCUUUCUUCGCUCCACCUCCAACACACUCGGCGGGUUCGAACCCAACUCCAGGUGCUAGCCCUCCGGCGAGUGCUUCUCCACAGGUUCCUCCUCCACACCCCGGUUUGGGUCCUUACCAGAGCCUCCUCCAGAGCGGGCAGCCGUUCGGCCCGACACCUCCACCGACGCAGGGGUACUCGUGGCCGCCGCAGGGGCAGCCCGGGCCGUCUCAGUUCCCCACGCAGCCGGGGUACUCGUGGCCGCCGCAGCCGCAGCCCGGGCUGUCGCAGUUACCUCAGUAG